UGCCUCUUCAAUAUAGGCUGGAAUACCUAGUGACUAGAGCUAGAAGAUUGAACUUGUUCAGAGAAUAUUGACAGUGACACUACGGUACUCAAUAGAUCUAGAGUAAAGUUAGAUUUCCAUUCAUAAUGUUGUAAUUCACUGUCUGGGUCACUGGUAGACUUCACCAAAAACAUGAAUGAUCUGUUCAGACAUCUGAGAACAAAUUGAUUUUCCAUUUCUAUGUUAAAAGACAUUCAUACUUAACUCUGUAUGAUGGAUGACAUAACACAGGACUUAACUAAUGAUCUCACAACCAUCAUAAAAAUUGAAAAGAAUGAAUGGUCUCCACAAUCAAAGACAAUAGACAACUUGAUUGAUCAAACUUUUGAUAUAUUGUUGGAGGAGGAGACACAGGGACAAAAACAAGACUCAACUGAUACUAUAAAAAUUGAAACAAAUGAAAAAUCUGUACAUUCAGAAACACCAGAAAACAACUCCAUCAUUGAUCAGACUUCUGAAUUAUUUUUUCCAGUUGAAACACAGAUAAAAAAGAUAAACCAGAAACAAGAAAUGACUUUCACCAAAGAUUGCAUGCAUGCUAGGAACAACUCCAACAAAAAUGUGUAUUAUAGAAACUAUGAGGAUCAAGGACAAAAUUAUUUCAAUGAAAAUAAGACUAAAGAGGGGGUUUAUGCAGAGAAACAAUGUGAACAUUUUAAAAUAUGUACAGAAACAUUUUAUAUUUCAUCACUCUCAAAUAAACAUGAAUUGAUUAGUUCUACUAGAAAAACAUUUAAGUGUGACAUGUGUCAAAAACAAAUUAGUAGUAAACCUAGCUUAAAUGUUCACCUCGCUAAUCAUUGUGGAAUAAAGCUAUUCAAAUGUCACAUUUGUCUGAGAGAAUUCAGUUAUUUGUCAACCCUUAAAAACCAUGAGAUGAUCCAUUCUGGAGAAAAGCCAUUUAAAUGUCCUGUUUGUCAGAAAGAAUUGCAUCAUUCAAAAAGCUUAAAAUAUCAUGAGAAGAUACAUUCUGGGAAAAAGCCAUUUAAAUGUUCUAUUUGUGAGAAAGAAUUUAUUAAUUCUUCAAAAUUAAAAGACCAUGAGAUGAUUCAUUCUGGAAAAAGGCCGUUUAAAUGUACUAUUUGUGAGAAAGAAUUCAUUAAUUCGUCAAAAUUAAAAAGCCAUGAAAUCAUUCAUUCUGCUAAAAAGCCUUUUAAAUGUGAAAUCUGUCAAAAAGAAUUCAGUUAUUCCUUUACCUUCAAAAACCAUGAGAUGAUUCAUUCUGCUAAAAAACAAUUUCAGUGUGAAAUCUGUAAAAAAAAAUUCAUUAAUUCCUCAAGAUUAAAAAGGCAUGAGAUGAUUCACUCUAGUAAAAAAACAUUUAAAUGGGAACUCUGUCAAAAAGAAUUUAUUGAUUCAUCAAAAUUAAAAAAUCAUGAGAUAAUUCAUUCUGGGAAAAAGUCUUUUUCUCUAAAGUCUAAGAGAUUGAUUCAUUCAAGUAAAAAAACUUUAACAUGUGAUAUGUGUCAACAACAAUUUAAUUAUAAAUCCCAUUUACAAUAUCAUUUGGCAGUUCAUUGCGGACUAAAAGUAUUUCAAUGUGAUGUCUGUGAUAAAGGAUUCAUACUGUCCUCAACCUUAAAAUACCAUAAGAUGAUUCAUUCUAAGAAAAAGCCAUUCCAGUGUCCUAUUUGUCAAAAAGAAUUCGUUAAUUUCUCUAAAUUAAAAAACCAUGGGAUAAUUCAUUCUGGGGAAAAGCCAUUUAAAUGCCCUAUUUGUGAAAAAGAAUUCAGUUGUCCCAAAAGCUUGAAACAUCACAAGUUCAUUCACUCUGGUGAAAGCCCAUAUAAAUGUGAAAUCUGUAACAAAGAAUUCACAGUGCCCUCAAGCUUAAAAUACCAUGAGGUGAUUCAUUCUGGUGUAAAACCUUUUAAAUGUCCUAUUUGUCCAAAAGACUUCCGCUGUUCCAAAAGCUUAAAAUAUCAUAUGUUUAUUCAUUCUGGUCAAAGUCCAUAUAAAUGUAAAAUCUGUGAGAAAGAAUUUGCAGUCUCUUCAAAACUAAAAUACCAUGAGAUGAUUCAUUCUGUUGAAAAAAAAAAAGAUCUAUCUGCUGAAAAAAAAAAUUGUAUUACUCAAGAUUAAAAAAAAAACAUGAAAUUAUAUUUUUUCCAUUAAAAAAAAGCAUUUAGAUGUUGAAUGUCUCAGGAAAAAGGGAUUCGCAAAGUCCCUCAAGCUUAAUAUUCCAUGAUUAAUUCAUUGUAGGAAAAAUUUCAAUUUUGUCAGAAAGCAUUCAUUCAUUUCUCUGUCUUAAAAUAUCUUGAUGAUUCAAGAUGGUUCUAUCCAUUUAAAUGUCUAUUCAUCAGAAAGAGGCUCAUAAUCUCAUCAAUCCUAAUUGUGUUUUAGUUUAAAUUCUUAGAAACUUAGGCUGAAAUCAACAUGUAUUCGAAAUCAAUCUUUGAAAUAUACAGGUAAAUUACUGGUAAAUAAGUUGUCUAUAACAAUAUUAUUGAAUAUCAGCAAGUGUAUUGUUAUUUUUAUUAUUAGUAUAAUUGUAUCAAUACAAAUAUUUGUUGGAUCUUUUUCCUUUAGUACUUGGGGACUAAUUCAUAAUUAAAUAAUUUCAAAUAAAAAGUAUUUAAUUUCAUUGGUACCGGUACUACAUUUUAACUUUAAAAUGUGAUUGACUUUGUACUUUAUGCACCAUUUAUUUCUAUAAUAAAAUCUAUCUUUUCUUUUUUCUUGUUUUAAAUUUAAUAUAAGGAGUGCCAAUACUAAUUUACAAAAGGUUGUUAUGAUUUACAUGUUUUUAUUUACAUAUGUUUUUAUUUAUCCCAUGUGUCAUGCUCUGGUACUAUUGUAUUAGGUGCAUACUUUUUGAAAAUGUAAAUUAAAUAAAUUUGCAGAAAAAUUUACUUUGAC